GAUAACCCUCAUCGCAUUUCACUCCAUGGCCCCCGCUUUUUUCUCAGAAACCCUACCAUUCUUCGUCUCGAGCUUGCCUCUCACUCUUCUUCUCCGAUUGCAAGAAAAGUAAAGGUUGUUCAAACCAGAGACAUCCCUUGGCACAAAGUAUUCAAAUCUGCUUCAUAUGUAAUCCAAAAAUAUUGGAUGGACGUUCGGCCCAUGCACUUCAGCCCAUGAUCGAGACAAGUACGGCUCAUGCAUUCGUCGGCCUACCCGAUGAGUUUAGUGAAACUGAAACCCUAGUUAGGUAUUGUAGAAAGGGAUAUAUAUAUGUGUGUGUACGUGUACUCAGCAGCGGCUUUUGCCACAAUAAUUAUCAUCAACAAUAGCUGCAGCCGGAGAGCAUUCCGCUCUCCGUGGAUUAGUCUCGAUCAACAUCUGAUCGAAGAUACCACGUUAAACUCGCUUGUUCUCUCGAUUUAUUGCAUGUUUUACAUGGUAUCAGAGCACUAGGAUCCCUUCUUAGUGAUUUCCAGUCAUGGCAAUCGGCAAUGAGUCUUCCGCCGAGAGCACGCUCCAGAUGGGAGCCAACAAGAAUCUUGGCGGCGGCAGCAACGAUGCGCUGCCCCCGGUCUUUCAAUUACCUCUUUCUGAUAGUCCUGGUCAGAUGCUCCUGGGAGAUGCAUUGACAUCUUCGAAUUAUGGUGAGUGGGGUUUGGACAUGAAAGAUGCGCUCCUCACAAAGAAUAAAUUCAGUUUUGUUGAUGGGACUCUUCUCAAGCCAACCGACAUUGUGCAUCGCGCUGCCUGGGUUUGCUGUGAUGCUAUGGUCAAGGGCUGGCCCAAGACAGCCAUGGAUAAAGAAAUUAGGACCAGUGUGAGGUUUGCGGAUACCUCGCGUACAAUCUGGGUCGAUCUCCAUAGCCGCUUUGGCCAAGGCAACGCCUCGCGUGCUUAUGAGUUGUUGCGUCUUGUGAGUUUGCUACAACAGGAGAAGAGUUAUGUUUCUACCUUUUAUACUAAGUUGCAGUCUUACUGGGAAGAGUCGACUGCCAUCAUGCCUUCUCCAAGCUACACUUGUGGCCUUUGUACCUGCAAUGUCUCUCUUCAUAUCAGUGAGCAACAAGAUCAUAACCAGCUAUUUGAUUUUCUUAUGAGACUUGAUGAUGCUUUUUCAGCCAUGCGCACUCAAGUCCUUGCCAUGAGGCAGACUAUCAACCUUGUUGAAGUCUUCAAUAUUGCCAUCAAUGAAGAACAACAACGUCUCAUCACACAGAGCCGUAAACCCACAAGUGAGGUCGAUGUUUUCGCUGCUCGCGACGAUGGUGAUAGGGGACAGUGAACUCCGGGGCAGCGAGAUCGUUCGCGGUGCAGUCAUUGUCAAAAAAUUGGGCACUUGCGCGACAGCUGCUAUGAGUUGAUUGGCUAUCCACCUCAUGAUUGCGGUGAUUCCCGAGAGUAUCGCGAGGAGAAAGAUGAUCAGCAACGUCGUCGUUCUAACCCGCAAGGCAAGAGAAAGCCACGUGACAAAGAUGGUCAGUAGCAUGAUCGUGCUCCGAAGGCAGCGCAAGUUGAGCAAGAUAAAGGAAAGAGUCUGAUUGCGGGAUUUACUCUUCAGCAACUGGAACAACUCCAACAAUACUUUGGGCAUUCAGUGAAGGUGGCGGAUGAACCCAUGGCCAACUCGACAGGUACAUUUACUCAUGAUAUUGAAUGGUUGUUAGACUCGGGCUACAAUGAACACAUUACUAUGGAUGAAAAAUUAUUGUCGUAUAAGGAGAUCACCGAAAGUGGACAACCAGUUCGAAUCCCAAAUGGUGCUGGUGUGCCCGUUCGACACAUUGGUAGUGUUACUUUUCCUACAGGGGUGGUGCUUAAGCGUGUUUUGCAUGUGCCCGAGUUUUGCUGUGAACUGAUUUCUGUCAGUCAUUUUGCUAAGGAUAAUCACGCAACAAUAAUUUUUCUUGGUGAUUUCUGCGUCAUUUAGGACUUACUAUCCAAGAAAUUGAUUGGGAAGGGUGAGUUACGUGACGACCUAUGUUACUUUCGUCUCUUUGGAAUUGGGCAUGCUAGGGCGUGUACGGUACUUGGCGGACGUCGGUCUCCGGAGUCUUUGUGGCAUGCCAGACUCGGCCACCCUUCGAGCACCAAGCUGAGCCGGCUUAGUUCUUUGUUAGAUGUUUCUUUCCUUCCUAAUAAAGAGCCUUGUCACCCUUGUUCUCGUGCCAAGCACACUCGAACCCCUUUUCCUUCUAGUUUUGUUCGUACGAAGGAAUGUUUUGAUUUAAUCCAUGUUGACAUUUGAGAUGGAUAUAAAGUCGCAUCUCUUAGUUGAGCACAUUAUUUUCUUAUGAUUGUGGAUGAUUUUAGUCGAGGUACAUGGGUCUAUCUUCGUCGCUAUAAAUCUGAGGUUGGUAG